AUGACGCCACUGUCGUCCGGUGUCCUCGUGAAGCUCCUGGACGGCAUGAAGACUGGUGUCGCCAAGCCCGUGGGCGAGUACCAGACAGCGGUGCUGCAGGUGACAAACAUCGUUCCAGCACAGCUGGGUGAGAAGGACCUGUUGCCCACGCACGACAAGUUCUACAUCAGGGUCUCCGACUCCUCUCACAUCAUGUACAUCAUGCGCCCGCUUGCGCGGGCCGAUCACGUGCUCUCCAACAAGCUCCAACUCGGCCAGGCUUUGCGUUCGCGGCCCGCCUCUCGAGUUGUUUUGGCCAAAAGCAAGGCUUGGCACUCGGUGCACACGGAGACGAAGGUAGGGAAGUGUCAUGUAAAAGAGCAGAAAGUGAACAUUUUAAUUCCGUGCGAAAUUUAA